AUGAGCCUGCCUGGAUCGAGAACUCGUGGCCAUCGGCAGCAUUGCUGUGAAUAUACCGAGAAGCUUGAAACUGCCGCUCUACUCUCGCCUCCCUCGAACCCUGUUUCGUCGCGCACCAACGGCUGGAGCCGGAAAACUCUCCACGGCUGGCUCUCGUGUCCCAGACGCAAGGUGGUCUGCCGCCUGCUUGCAGGGUGCCUCUCCGUUCUUCUUGUUGUGCAUCAUGUCUUCCCUGCUACUCUCCAUCCUCUGACGUUGACCGUUACCGCUGGCCGUUUCUUCUGUCCAGCGUGGCAUACCAAGUCAAGCUUGGCUCCAGAUGCAGAGCCCCCAGAGAGUCGCUCGCCCAGCCAGGUGUCCGGUGGGACGCUCGAGAGCGUGCUGAUUCUUGAAGAUGCUUUUGCCGCCCUCUCGGUCCUGCAGACGACCUACUUUGAUGCCCUCAACGGCACCUGGCCCUCGUCCAUCGACUGGACCGGCGCCGUGAUCGAGACGGUCGUCUCCGGCAUGCUGGCCACGUUGACCCAGUCGCUCGCCGACGGAGAUUUCGGCACCGGUGCCAGCUGGAGGCAAAAGGAGAACCUCAUCUCUUCCGUGUACGGUCAAGUCGUCCACUCAUUCUUCGGCCAGAAUGCCGAGGCCAUCAAGAACCAGGCGUACGACGACAUGCUCUGGGCCGUCCUCGGCUGGCUCGAGGCCUUCCGAUUCGUGCGACUCCAUGCGGAGCUGCACCACCCGGGCACGAAGGAGGAUGACUGCACUGGCCUGCCGGGUCGGCUCGGCCAAGCUCUGCAGACCAUGCCCUGGCAAGGCUACCGCUUUUUCUGCACCUUUGCCAACCGUGCACGAGACUUUUGGGACCGAGCCUCCGAGGGCUGGGACACGACGCUGUGCCACGGCGGCAUGACGUGGAACCCGCGCCUGCUUCCCUACAAGAAUGCCGUGACCAACGAGCUUUGGAUUUCGGCCUCGGUCGCCAUGUAUCAACACUUCCCCGACGACGCCUUCGACGCGUCAUGGGUGGCGAGCAAGGGCUUCCCCACCAAGGAUCCCGUCUACCUCGCCGCCGCGGUCGAGGGGUACAGGUGGCUCCAGCGCGUCGGCAUGACCAACCGGCAGGGACUCUACGUCGACGGCUACCACGUCGACGGCAGCAGGCCCGGCAACGUCGAAUGCGACAUCCGCGACGAGACCGUCUACACCUACAACCAAGGCAUCAUCUUGACGGGCCAGCGUGGCCUGUGGAGCGUCACGGGGAGCUCGUCGUACCUCGACGACGGCCAUCGGCUGGUCCGCUCGGUCGUCGAGGCGACCGGCUGGAAUCUUGCGGCGAAUGCUCCCGUCGACAUCAUCGACGAUUUACCGCCCGGCGAGCUGCCGCCGUGGCGAGGCAUCGGCCGCGGCGGCAUCCUGGAGGAGCGCUGCGACGUGCGGGCCACCUGCUCGCAGGACAGCCAAACCUUCAAGGGCAUCUUCUUUCACCACCUCGCCGGCUUUUGCGCCGCCGCCGAUGCCGACGGCUCGGGACGAGGUGCGGCCGAGACGACGCCCAGGCCCGGCCUCGUCCGACUCUCUCACGACAAGGCUUGCCGCUCCUACGUCGGCUGGGUCAAGCACAACGCCGACGCCGCUCGCAGAACGCGCGACUCGAGCGGUCGAUUCGGCAUGUGGUGGGGCGCAGGCAUCUUCCACGACCCGCUCGUCGGCCGGCACGACGACGGUGGCAGGCCGGCCAACGCGACCGACUACCGCAACGACGGGACGCCGCUGGACGCCAUCUGGGGCACGGAUUCGAAGUGGAUGCCUGGCAUGCGAGCCCAGGGGCCGGGCUGCCAUGAUGAUAUGCGGCGUCCGAAAAUGAAGGCUCGUGAGGCGGCCAUGGGCAGUGCUGGGUCAGGGACGGCCGCCGAACCCGAGCCGACGUUGUCGAGCCGUGCCUCGGACCCGAACGCUCGCGGCAGGGGACGUACGGUGGAGACGCAGAUGGGAGGGCUGGCGCUGUUGAGAGCGCACUAUGAGCUGUCGAGACGACUGCUGGACACGCCGUAG